AUGCUUCUCCAACUUCCCACAGAGUUGAUACAGCUCAUUCUUUGGCACUGUGACACACCGGGCUACUUCCAGGCAGCGUUUACCAGCCGCAGACUCUAUGAGAUUGCUUCCGGUAGCCGGGAAGUCAUCUUACAUCAGCUACAUCAUACUCCUGGCUGGAACCAAGGCAUCGAGACCCAUCAGACCAGGUAUCUAUUUAGCGAAUUGAUGAGACGAUCGUUCAAACAGCUGGAUGGCGCCGAAUAUCACAUAGAAGCCAAAUAUGAGUAUCAGAACCGAGCACUUGACUGCCAUGCAUCGACGUUGGAGGCAUCGGAAGACAGGCUUCGGGCAUUGCUUGUCUUCAAAGGUGAUAGUUCUGUCUACCUGGUCGAUUUGAGCGAUGGGAAUGGGACUCAAGUCGAGCUGGAAUCCCCAGGACAGACUAUCGGGAAUGUCGAGAUCAUCCAAACUGCCUUCGAUGGAGAUCAUGGAGUCUACGUAUUGCAUCGAUUUAAGCCAUUCUUGGACCAGGAGCUGGACACAGAUCACCCAUUUGUUAAACACGCCCUUGAAUCCUGCCCCAAUGGAAGUAUUCAUUUGGCCUAUCACCAUUUGAAUCCCCGGAAACAUAGCAUUCGAAUGUGCGAUUUUCCUGAAUACCGGGACUAUAGGCCAUUAGCUCUGUCUGUUACGAACAGCAAAUUCGCAAUCUCAUGGCAAAACACACACGACUCCUUGGACCAUGACGUUGUGCUCUACACUUGGCUCCCCGAUGAAGAUGACGACGACAAGACACGACACGAGCAAGAUGUUACAGGCUGUAAAGUUAUUCAUGCCGCUCUUGAGACAUAUGCCUUGACUAGUUCAAAUGACCAAGACCCAGAUGUCCAUAAAGCUGGGAGAACAGGCCCUGCAGUGAGAUUGGCAUUCAACGACCGAGGCUUCCAAUUGCUCUACCACUACCGGGCUCAAAACAUCUACGGUGGCUUCCAGAGACUUCAUCGCCUCCCUGGGCGAGAUCAGGGAGAACCAAGGCCACCCGUGAAUGUAAAUGCAUGUACGGUGCAAUUCUCCCCUUCCCUUUCGCUCCAAUUCUCAAUUGCAAUACCAUUCUUCGGUACUCACGAGUUCGGAGAUACAAGUCAAGGAGAACAAUGCCAUUGGCAAUACCUCUCCUUUGGAAUUGCGACUCACCGAGUUGAAAAAUGGACAGUAGCAUGUCUGUUGAAAUCCGAAACCUAUACUGGACAGCGAUGUACCCACGUGUUGAAUCUUGACCGCGGAAGGCGUUUCAACAAUUGGAAAAUCAUGGCACAGCUUGUGGGAUUCCAGGAAUUGACAACCUCGCAUGGAUCUCGCGUGGCUACUUCACGUCAUGGAACUCGGAUUGCUGUCGCUAACUGGAAAACCCUUUAUAUCUGGGCAUUGAAUCCAUCUGAAUUGAUCGAAGGCAAUAGCACCGGCUUCUAUCCACGUUCAUGGGAAUCCUCUAUAGGUGUUAUCGGGUUAAGACCAGUUGUUCUCCAAUUAGAGGCGGUCUGUUCGCAAUUACGGUUCACUGAAAAGGAAGACGAGGUGAUUGCGAUUACUGAUCGUGGAUUGAUGUACCUGAGUUUGGGUUAUGGCAAAGGCCAGGGUCGGAAACCAUGCGUGACGAGUAGAACGAAGGUGCCCGAGUGCAGUGAGAAUAAUGUUUGA